GUCAUUUCUCUCUAGGGUUUCAAACAUCCUCACUUUCUCUCUCAUCCUCCAUCGCCUUCACUCCACUCCCUCUUCCUCUCCAAAUUGGAAUUGGGUAAUCUGCGAAGAAGAUUUUCCAUUCUGUGUGGAAUUCGUGAUCGGAAUUAGGUUUCUCAUUUCCAAAAUCGAGGAUUCAAUUUCUGGGUUUUAGGGUUUGAUUAUCCCCAAUUUGCCGAUUUCAUGCGAGCUGAGAGAGAUCGCAAAUGCCGAUUACCGAAUUUCACGACGCGUCGCCAUCGUCUCAGAGCUCCAAUUCCGGCUCCAUCUUCUCGAUCCUAAGCCGCCGCCGCGACCAGGUCCACUCAACGGAGCACGGCGUUUCCGAGACGGAGGCGGAGGUCUUCCAGCGUCACGUGGCCGACCGGUUCCACGACCUAGCGGCGGCGGACUCCGGCAGCCUCCUCUCAAUCCCGUGGCUGCGCAGCCUCCUCGACGCGUUCCUGUGCUGCCAGGAGGAGUUCAAGGCGAUCGUGUUCAAUAACGCGGCCAGCCUCAGCCGGCCGCCGAUCGACCGCCACGUCGCCGACUACUUCGAGCGGAGCGUCAAAGCCCUCGACGUCUGCAACGCCAUCCGCGACGGAAUCGAGCAGAUCAGGCAGUGGAAGAAGCAGCUAGAAAUCGUGCUCUGCGCAUUGGACAAGCAGAGGAGCAUCGGCGAAGGCCAAUUCCGCCGCGCCAAAAAAGCCCUAAUCGAUUUAGCCAUCGGAAUGCUCGACGACAAGCAAUCCAACACCACAUUCGCGCAGAGAAACCGCUCCUUUGGCCGCCAACAGAAGAGCAUAGGCCAUUUCAGGUCCCUCUCCUGGAGCGUCUCCCGAUCAUGGUCAGCCGCGAAACAGCUGCAGGCAAUCGGGAACAAUCUCCUCCCACCACGGCCGAACGAGGCAAACGGGCUUACCCUAGCCGUGUUCACGAUGAAUUACGUGCUCCUGUUCGUAAUGUGGGCGCUGGUGGCCGCGAUCCCCUGCCAGGAUCGGGGCCUGCAGGCCCACUUCAAUGUGCCGAAGCAGUUCCUGUGGGCCGGGUCGAUCCUGUCGCUGCACGAUAGGAUCGUGGAGGAGUCGAAGAGGAGGGAUAGGAGGAAUGUGUGCGGUUUGCUGAGGGAGAUUGAGGAGAUUGAGAAAUGCUCCCGGCAUUUGAAUGAAUUGGUGGAUUCCGCUGAGUUCCCGUUGUGUGAUGAGAGGGAGAGAGAGGUGAGGCAGAGGGUUGAGCAAGUGAGGAAUGUUUGUGAGGGUUUGAAGAUGGAGCUUGAUCCAUUGGAAUGCCAAGUUAGAGAAGUGUUUCAUCGAAUUGUUCGGAGCAGAACUCAAGGUCUUGAUUCGGUUGGCCGUGGUAAUUGAAAUGUGAAGUUGUCUUGUGCUACUCCAUUUGUUACAUAACCAUUGUUUUUAUGUAAAGAAAUUAGCAAAAAGGAAAAAAAGAUUGGACUUUGCUCGUGUCCAUCAUCUAUAUAGUGAAUAUUUUUGACUAAA